AUGCGACUUGCAGCGCUGUGUCUCGCCGCGCUAGCCGUCGCCGCCGCGUUGUCGGCUCAGCCAGCGACCGGCACGAAGCCAGCGGCCGGCACGAAGGCGAAACGCGUCCUAGUACCGAUCGCCGACGGCACGGAGGAGAUCGAGGUCGUGACCGUCGUCGACGUUUUGCGCCGGGCCGGCGCGGAGGUCGUGCUCGCGAGCGUCGAGGAGGAAGACCGCGUCGUUUGCAGCCGAGGCGUGAAGAUCGAGGCUGACUGCAAUAUCAAGGCGGUGACGGGCCGCCAAGGGGGCAAGGAGGGCUGGGACCUGAUCGCGGUCGAGCCUGUGUGGAAUUCAAAUCUCGCGCGCCCCACGCCAUCGACGCGACGUCAUCCCCGUAACCGAACUCACUGGUUGAUGUCCACACAGAUCCCAGGCGGCAUGCCGGGCGCCGAACGUAUCCGCGAUAGCGUCCGAUUGCAUCCCGCGCUCGAGAAGCACUGGCGGGCCAUGAGGCCGCUAGCCAUGAUUUGCGCGACGCCAGCCGUCUUGGGCGAGCCGAAGGGCUUCCUGGAAGGCGUCGCCGCGACGUCUCAUCCCGCGUUCAUCGACGAGAUCGGCGGAAGUCUGGAGGAGACGCAGCCUUACACGGAGGGUCGGGUCGUCUGGGACGCGAAUAUUAUUACCAGUAGGGGUCCCGGCACCGCCUUAGAAUGGUCGCUCUGCUGCGUCGAGGCGAUCUUCGGACGGGCCAAGGCGUUGGAAGUCGCGGGACCCAUGGUCACGCAACCCGCAACGCUGCCCCCGAAGCGGCCCUUCGAGUGGAGACUGGAGGAGGAGGUCUCCUCGCGCGUCGAUAGAGCGCUGGAGAAGUACGCGACCUAAGCACAUGUAUUGUUCUUA